AUGAAGGGGCCACAAGGUGCAGCGUUAAAGGACCAAGCUGCCGAUACGCUUAUGAAAUAUGUUAUAUCUAAGUGGCUUAAAGAUAAUCCUCAACCUCAAUAUACUAUGGCGGUAACAGCCGACAAUGGGUUUUGGAGGACUAUGAAGACUUUGAAAGAGGCUAAGCAUGACACAAAGUUUUUCCCUCCGAUUCCUCAAGCUCAGAGAGAUGCUCAGAUUGCUCAAGCUGAGAAAGAUGCUGAAGCUAAAAGGGAUGUGAUCAGGCAAAGGUUUGUAAAUGAGUAUAAUAGGCAUGAGGUGGAGAUUAUCGGAGAUGGUAAUUGUCAGUUCAGAGCUAUUGCUCACCAAUAUCUGGGAUUUGAAGACUUGCACACCAAAGUUGGGGAAAUAGUUGUUGAAGAGCUGAGACAAAAUUUCCAAGAACGUAUUCAACCUGUUGAAGGGAUCCCAGUCUCUACCUUGAAAAUAUGUCAAGCGAUGGAUAGUGGGGUGAUCAUAUCACCUUGCAAGCAGCAGCAAAUCUGUUCGGUGUGGUUAUAA